GCCACCUCACCUCAUCAUUGUUCAUAUACUUGAUAAGAUAGGAAUAUCACGAUGCCUGCACCAACAUAUAUCAUCUCCCGCGCUGCGGAUCCAAUUUUUGGUGUCUUGAUUGGCCUGUCAGCCGCAGCAACCAGAAUCAACCGCGAAGAAAAGGACAAAGGUCGAACAACUCAACAGACUCUUGAAGCUGCGCGACGACGAGUUGGACUUUCUUCCAAGUCUUCGUGAUUAUGUCUGGGCUCGCUUCGACACCUGAGUCACUACUGGUUUUGCCAACUUUCAAG